CUGUCUGAAGAGGCUUCAGGAAAAUGAGAGGAAACAUUGGAACGUUAAAGAAAUUCAUCAGGCUGCUGACUAUCUCAAAGUGGAAGAGGUGGUAACUAAGUGUAAGAUAAAGAUGGAAGAUUUUGCUUUUAUUGCUAAUCCCUCCUCUACAGAGAUAUCCAGUAUUACUGGAAACAUUGAAUUGAAUCAACAGUCUUGUCUUCUUACUCUUCAAGAUUAUAAUAAUCGGGAGAAAUCAGAAGUAUCUCCAGAUUUAGGUCAGACAAAUCCUAAACAAGGGGCUUUAGCAAAGAAGUCAUCUCAAACUAAAAAGAAGAAAAAAGCUUUUAAUUCCCAGAAAACAGGACAGAAUAAAACACUGCAAUAUUCUGGUGACAUUUUAGAGAACACAUCUGUUGAAUUCCUAGAUGCAAGUAAAUUGUCCUCAUCUGUAGUCGAACAAGUUGCCCAAAGAAAUGAUCGUUCAGAACUUGAAUUGACAUCAGUUGUGGAAAAUACUUCGCCGGCACAAGAUACUGUUCAGACUGCUACAGUGAAACGGAAACGUGGAAAAUCACAGCCAAAUUGUGCUCUGAAAGAACAUUCUAUGUCUAAUAUAGCCAGCAUCAAGAGUCCUUAUGAGGUGGAGAACUCUGGAGAAGAUCUGGAUCAGAGGUACUCCAAGGCCAAGCCAAUGUGUAACACAUGUGGGAAAAUAUUUUCAGAAGCCAGCAGCUUGAGAAGGCACAUGAGAAUACACAAAGGAGUGAAGCCUUAUGUCUGCCACUUGUGUGGAAAAGCAUUUACACAGUGUAACCAGCUGAAAACACAUGUAAGAACCCACACAGGUGAGCGGCCAUACAAAUGUGAGUUAUGUGAUAAAGGAUUCGCUCAGAAAUGCCAGCUUGUCUUCCACAGUCGUAUGCACCAUGGGGAAGAAAAACCCUAUCAAUGUGAUGUUUGCAAUUUGCAAUUUGCAACUUCUAGUAAUCUCAAGAUUCAUGCAAGGAAGCACAGUGGAGAGAAGCCAUAUGUUUGUGACCGAUGUGGACAGAGAUUUGCCCAAGCCAGCACACUGACCUAUCAUGUCCGCAGACAUACUGGAGAAAAACCUUAUGUAUGUGACACCUGUGGGAAGGCAUUUGCUGUCUCUAGUUCUCUUAUCACUCAUUCUCGAAAACAUACAGGUGAAAAACCAUACAUAUGUGGUAUUUGUGGGAAAAGUUUUAUUUCCUCAGGAGAGCUCAACAAACACUUUCGAUCCCAUACAGGAGAAAGACCAUUUAUCUGCGAGUUGUGUGGAAAUUCUUACACAGAUAUUAAAAAUUUAAAGAAGCAUAAAACAAAGGUCCAUUCUGGUGCAGAUAAAAAUCUAGAUUCCAGUGCUGAGGAUCACACUUUGAGUGAACAAGAUUCCAUACAAAAAAGUCCUGUGUCAGAAACUAUAGAUGUGAAGCCUUUUGAUAUGACUUUACCAUUAGCUCUUCCACUUGGGACAGAGGACCAGCAUAUGCUUCUUCCUGUCACAGAUAACCAGUCUCCUACAUCAGAUACAUUGCUGAGGUCCGCUGUGAAUGGGUAUUCAGAGCCACAGUUGAUUUUUCUACAACAGUUAUACUGACUUUGUGAGGAACGGGGAAUUGCUAACACAUGGUCUGGUGGUAUACGUAAACAGCUCUGGAUAUAUAUAUAUAUGUGUGUGUAUGUAUAUAUAUAUAUAUA